AGGGCUUAUUGGGAAUUCGCGACUAUUGUGGGAUUUUUUUUUUUAUUGGACUAUUCAUGAUGAAUACGUGACUGGAACGACAAAUAUUUAACUACUUUUGUGGUUUAACUUAGCCUCUUGACCGACUGUUGAAAGCAGGAAAGUUAGUCAAUUCGAUUGACUCCUAUUGUAAAUCUGUCCAUGUUUACGCUCUGGCGAGUGACUGGUAUUUGAAAGUUUUGGCGCUUCGGGGUAUUAUCGAGUCAACCUUUUUUGCUUUUCACUUCUGAAAGAGUUCGAUCGUACUCUCUGACUAGGUACAAGGACAAGCUUUGUGUUUGCUGGGUCAAAAAAUACGAGCUAUUAAUCAUCGAUUGUGUCCAUGGUACAAUAUAAACCCUGUUGGUGAGUAGAACUAAGACCGUGGCUUCAGCCUCUCGGUGUUUUUUAGGAGAAAUUUAAGGUCGCAUGGCGACACCACAGACACGGUCAAAUGAUUUUUGACAACUUGCUCAAUGAGCGACACUGACAGUAUGAAAUUCAAAUCACUCCAGUUCUGGAGAGUUGGGCAAACAGGAAAGAAACAGUUGGACAUUUGAACAACUUUGAAGCAUAUCUCACUUCUAAAAAGGCACUGAGCGUUAACUGCAUCUAUCAACGGAGGUAGUCGAGAUAGAUAUUUUGUCAGAUAAAUCGGUGAGAGAAGGUACGAUUUUCCAACCAUGGCACCCACAACUAUUCAAACAACCGUCGGGCUAGUUUUUGGCAUUCUUUUAGCUUUCCUGAUGUGGACUCCAUCAACUGCAGCAUUGAGCAAGGAAGAUUUGAACCACGAGUGUUUGCGAAACUGCGACUGGCCUCCGAAGCCUCUGAUCUGCCGGUACGAGUUUACGGUGGAGUGGUCGUACAGCAUGUCCAAGGCUUGCUACGAUUGUCCCUUCAACGUGAGCGAUUGUCACCGGCCGCACUGCUUCACCCUCGACGGUGCGCCACGGGCGGUUGCCGUUGUCAAUAGGCAGUUCCCCGGACCGCACAUUCAGGUUUGUGAGCACGACACCGUCAUUGUGAAGGUCAACAACUUGUUGCUCAACGCCGAGGGCGUCACGAUUCACUGGCAUGGGUUGCACCAGCGCGGGACGCCGUACAUGGACGGGACAGCCUCGGUGACGCAGUGCUCCGUACCGGCCGGUUCGAGCUUUACCUACGAGUUCACGGCUGAUACACCUGGCACGCAUUGGUGGCACUCACACUCUGGUCUCCAGCGAUCGGACGGGAUCUUUGGCCCUUUUAUCGUCGCACAGUCUUCUCCCGAUGACCCCCACAGUAACCUGUAUGACUAUGACCUUCCAGAGCACGUGGUGUUGGUCCACGAUUGGAUUGAUGAGCUUGCUGUUAACCGUUACGCUGGGCACCACCUUAGUUCCCUGCCUGGUUCCCCCGAGUCGGUCUUAAUCAACGGGAGGGGGCAAAAAAUAGAGUUCUUCGACCAAGAUACCAAUCAGACCGUCAAGACGCCCAGGGAGACCUUCGAAGUCCAGCAGGGGAAGCGGUAUCGCUUCCGCACCAUAAGCAACGCCAUCUUGGAUUGCGCCAUAGAGGUGUCGGUGGAUGGUCACAACCUGACGGUUAUUGCAAGCGAUGGGGCCCCGUUCGAACCUGUUGAGGUGUCUCGUUUCGUCCUCUACGGAGGGGAGAGGUUCGAUUUCAUCCUGGAUGCCAACCAACCUGUUGGCAAGUACUGGAUGAGGGUCAGGGCUGUCGGGUUCUGCACAGGGGCCAACGUUCAAGCAUUGGCCGCCGUGGUCUACGACGGUGCUGCUGGUGAGCCUGUGACUCCUGAGGGUUCCCCACCCAACCGAGAAGGGGUCAUCCUGAACCCAGUCAAUCAAUCACCAUCGGCAACAGUGAGGAACGUCAACCAGCUCGUUGCAAUAGAAAAGGAAGGAGAAAGUUCCCUCGACACCGUCUACCGGACCGUUUACUUGGGCUUAGACUUUGAGAAAGUCAACAAUCCCAUCUACAACCAUCCAGUGUACUACCCAUCCCACGCGGUGUCACGUCGAGACAGGACCUACACCACUCAAAUCAACUACGUGUCCUUCAAACCGCUUGCAUCGCCGCCGUUGACGCAGUACGAUGACAUCAGCGAGUUUGAAAUAUGCACCCUGGAGUCCACGAUGCCCAUGAGAGACCAUUGCCAGCAGGAGUACUGCGAGUGCACCCACGUCAUUGAAGUGGAAUUCGGAAAGACGAUUGAGUUGGUGCUCGUUGAUGAAGGGAAGCCAUUCGAAGGCACACACCCCAUGCACCUGCACGGCUAUAAUUUCCACGUGGUGUCCAUGGAGAAGUUAGGCACCAAGACCACGGUGGAGGAAGUCAUGGCUCUCGAUCAGGCUGGAGGAAUAGUUCGGAAUUUCACCAAAGCACCAAGGAAAGACACAGUGAUAGUUCCCGACGGUGGAUACACGGCCGUGCGCUUCGUAGCAGACAACCCUGGCUGGUGGCUCUUGCAUUGCCACUUGGAGUUCCACAAUACGAUUGGAAUGGCUGUGAUGGUACAUGUUGGGAACGAUGAAGACCUUCCACCAAAGCCCAAGGAUUUCCCCCGAUGCGGUAAUUGGUACCCACACGGUGACACAGGCCCGACCCCUACUCGAACCCCAACACCUGCCGGGGCCUCGGCGCGUCUCUCCCCAUCGCUCGGGGCGGCCGUGCUGCUGUGUUUCCUCGUCCGUUUCACCGUAUUGCUUUUUGUGUGAAGUGUACACACACUUGCACAAACAGUCCUUGGAGUUUAAACACUCUUUUUUGGGUACCCACUUUUUUUUCAAACGUUUAGUCUAAGACAUAUUUAGAUUGUUUGCAUAGUAUGGAAAGCUUGUGACUGCCAUCAAUAAUAACUUC